AUGCAAAACGAGAAUGAAAAGCCCCCCGACCAAAUGACUGACCGUCAGAAGUCAUUUGAAGUCAACAAUGCGUCUUCUGGUGAACCUCCCCCGGGAAAUCAAAUGCCUGUGCGAAGUCCCACUGUUACUCGUUCUCACCUUGAUGGACUAGGCCUUGAUAUGCGGGCAUCCCUCCUCCAAUCUGGAACCAAAUUCCAGCCUGGGAAUGCCUUCUCUCUGCUGAAGCCUAUUCCUGCCAAUGGAAGCAGUCUUCCUCGUCGAGCCAGUGCCCGCUCAGCUUCCCGCAGCCCUGAAGAAAAUGUUCCACGCCCUCCUCCAGUGCUUCGCAAAAUGUCAAGCCUCGAUUAUGAGGAGGGUCUCGCAAUUCCCAUGCCUAAGCCUCGUCACAUGAAAACCGAUUCUAACAAUUGCUCAAAUACUUGUGAAGAUAAAGUUGAAAGACCCAAUACUUUGCGCAAACGCUUGGCUAGUGAUCCUAUUUCGUCUCUGGCACACACCACACCCGAGCCCAUAGGCUUUCAGGAUAGCCCUGAAGGCAGGAAGAGGUCGCGUUUUGAGAUGAUCAAGUCAAAAUUGAGCUUCAAGGACUUACGGAAGGAAGCCCUCAAGGAUGCUUCACCUGCUCAUUCCAACAAUUCAAGCCCUCAUGAGUAUCCUAAUGGAAUUCCAACUGGGUCGAGCUCAAGCAGUCAGGGAUCCAACCUACACACCAAGACCCACCCAAUUAAGAAAAGUGACAUAUUACCACCCAUACCUCUACAAGCUCCUCCAGUGAAGCCCCGGCAGCCCUCCGCCAAGAGAAUUCCUCUGCCUUCCUCGGGGACAUUCUCCAGUGCAAGACCUACAUCUUCUCUCGUCAAACCAACUAGCCAACGAGCCAGUCUAUCGGGAAGUCGAGCUUCGUCUUCCACAAUCACGUCGACCAUUGAAGAGAAUGAAAACCCGGUAGUUUGCACCUCUCCCUUCCCUCCAAUUACUCAUGAAAGACGCCGUCAUGGAGUUGCCAUUCCUCCUUCUAUUGGCGAAACUCCAACCAGGCUGCCUUCCUUUCCCAAUACUGCACCUGUGCCAAAUUACCCCGUCACAAAGGACUCGCCUCCCAAUAUUAGCGACUUGACUGAGAGAGAAGGUAAAGUGAAAUAUCUUCCAGGCAGCUGGUUUGAUGAUUCGUACCGACCAAUCUCCAGUGGUAAUGAGCAGAAGAAUAUUCCACUUACUGCCGGUGCAUAUGACAACAAUGAAUCACCCAUUGAAUCUCUCCCCAACUAUCUUCCGUCAUUCAAGGAGCGUCUGAAGAAGUCGAAUCUCCCGCUGAACGAGACCACGCACGAUGAAAAUCCAAAACGGAGUCGAAUCUUUGUCCACCAACUUGAUGACAUUCUGGAUAUGAUCAAAUCCAUCCAACAAAGAACAGAUACUGGGGUUGCCGUUAUGAGCAAAAAGAUUGAGGAGCUUUGCGCCUGGGUUGGCGAUCAACUUCAGAAUCAAAUUGAAAGCAAUGGUGAUUUGAGUCGUGCCAAUUCGGAUCUUUUCUCAAAGCAAUGCCAAAUCUCCCGGGAGAUGAUGAAGUUCCAUCUCGAAAUCCGUCUUGAAAUCGGCGUCAUGGAGCAACGGCUGAGCGACUUUGAGAACAGGGUUAUCGAUGAACUGCAGAACGAAGUUCGCUCUCUCACCAUAUCUUAUGGUGAACUGAAGCUGACAACUGAAAAAAUUAUUGCAAAGCACAUAUGCAAUGAUAACCAGAGCUUUAUCCAUGGCCACAUGCAGAAAAAUGCGGACAUUGAAAGGGAAAUCGCAUACAUGAAGGCUCACCAGGGUAGCUCAAUGACCUUCCAGGACAAUGCUUCUUUCGUAUCUGCAGGUGUCACACCCCAAGUAAGCUACUCUAGCCUUGACAGCACCGAGCCCUUGAUCUAUUCGGCCGUAUGUGGCCCUCUGUCUUCUCCCGAAGAAGCUCUUGCAACACCCAAGAGGCACCCGGCUGCCUUGGAGCAUACUCCAGUCCCUCCAAGAAAUACCCCGACUACUCCAAAGCAACUUCAGCUCACUCCAAAGGCCAGUACCGCCCCUAGGGUCAGCACUGCUGCCAUGGAUGUCGCCAUAACCCCUAUCCGUGGCCAACGACUCCCAAAGUCGGAUAGCAAGGUAGUUGGUAUGAUGCCACGCAGUGUUUCUCUUACUGGAAAGGGGAUUAUCAAAGGAAUCAAAGAUAUGACGUCCAGCUCACCAGAUAUCAAGAACACCAAGGAAAAGUCCCCCCUCGCUAAGCCCAAGAACAACGAUGACGUGAAGAAAUGGAACUUGUUUAGCAUCCGCACUCGUCGCCGCGAUGUCAGCGACACUGCUUCCAGUGGUGGCAGCAGCAAUAGCAGGUUUGGCUGGCCUUCCCGCGGUCGCCGUUCAAAGUCGAAUGCUACAAACCCUGAGGAAAUAGCCACCAGAUCUCGCUCUUCUACUCCUCCUCUGCCGGCUAUCCCUCGCACUUCUUUUAGCCCGCGCAAUGCUGAACACGCCCGCUCUAUUGAGCGUAUUCCUACCCCUUUCCCACAUGUUUCGCAAGAUCAUAAGUUCGCCACUCACCCUGCGCUCCGAGCCGGAUCUCGGACUGAAAAUGAUAAAUCUUUCAGUUCCUAUGAGACUGCCACGGAGACAUUCGAGAACAAUGCGGAGCAAAAUGUUCUUGAUGGCUCUGUUUCUGCGUUUGCCGAGCCUCGCCCUGACCUGGAAUCCGUCAAUAAAGUUCGUUCGGUUAGAGAUGUUACCCCUACAGUGAAUGACCGUGGGUGUGUUGUUGAGAGUGUGUCGCCGGAUACUGUCGUUCAUCGGUGCAGCGAGGAUGUUCGAAAGGAUGUCCAUUCGACAGAUACCCUACAGGAAUGGGACCAUGUCUCUGUUCCUGAUACCAAGUCCGAUUGA